ACAUUCCUUUGAGAAGUUCUCAACUUUUCCCUGGAGAGCACGGAAGAAGUUGCGGUGUUGUAAAGCACGGAAAGAUCAAACUACCUGAGAAGCAGUGCUGCAGAGGGCCUCCUCACCAGGAUGCCAGCAGGCUGGAGGUACACCUAUGAGGCUGCUGGAACUUCCUGCUGUCUCUGAAGAUUCACCUGAGGUUACAGGAGUCUGGAACUUAAUCUGUCCCACUGAGUUUGCAGAGGAGCACGAUGACCUUCAGCAUACCCUACCACACCUGCACCUCCACUUGUGAUCUCCGCUCGUGAUCAGUUGGCAAUACAACCCCUCGCACCAGGGCACUGCAUCCAGAGAGGGUUAUUAAAUGCAAGGCAGCAGUAUUGUGGGAAGUGAAUAAACCAUUUUCUCUCGAGGAAGUGGAAGUUGCCCCACCAAAAGCACAUGAAGUUCGUAUUAAGAUUGUAGCCACGGGGAUCUGUCGCUCUGAUGACCAUGUGGUGACUGGUGCACUGACUAUGCCUUUUCCAAUCAUCCUUGGGCACGAGGCAGCUGGCAUUGUAGAAAGUGUUGGGGAGAAAGUAACUUCAUUAAAGCCAGGAGACGCAGUUAUUCCACUCUUUGUUCCACAGUGUGGGGAGUGCAAAUCUUGCUUAAGCACCAAGGGCAAUUUGUGCAGCAAAAAUGACCUUUCUUCUUCUUCACCUACUGGAAGAAUGGCUGAUGGCACCACUAGGUUUACCUGUAAAGGGAAAGCAAUUCAUCAUUUUAUUGGUACAAGUACGUUCACUGAAUAUACAGUAGUACAUGAAACUGCUGUAGCAAAAAUUGAUUCUGCGGCUCCUUUGGAAAAAGUUUGUCUGAUUGGCUGUGGAUUUUCAACUGGUUAUGGGGCUGCUCUGCAGACUGCCCAGGUAGAAGCAGGCUCCACCUGUGCUGUCUUUGGCCUCGGAGGAGUCGGCCUCUCUGUUGUCAUGGGCUGCAAGGCAGCUGGAGCGUCCCGCAUCAUCGCCAUCGACAUCAACAAGGACAAGUUUGCCAAGGCCAAGGAGCUGGGAGCCACCGAGUGCAUCAACCCUAGAGACUUCAAGAAGCCCAUUCAUGAAGUGCUGACAGAAAUGACCGGUGAGGGUGUGGACUACUCCUUUGAGGUCAUCGGCCGUAUUGAGACCAUGGCUGAGGCCUUGGCCUCUUGCCACAAGAACUAUGGAGUCAGCGUGAUUGUGGGAGUGCCCCCUGCAGCACAAAAGAUUAGUUUUGAGCCCAUGCUUCUCUUCAGUGGUCGCACCUGGAAAGGAUCUGUCUUUGGAGGUUGGAAGAGUAAAGAUGCAGUGCCCAAACUGGUUGCUGAUUACAUGAAGAAAAAGUUUGUUUUGGAUCCAUUAAUAACCCACACUCUUCCUCUAGCUAAAAUUAAUGAAGGAUUUGAUCUGCUAAGGACAGGGAAGAGUAUUCGCAGCAUCCUAGUACUGUAGCAUUCUUGAUGGCUCAGCAGCAGAACAAACUUCAUUCUGCUCCAGUACAACUGAUACGAAUCAGACAUUGCUGAAAAGUUUCACCACCGCCUUCGCUUAAAAGGAUCACGCUCAGCAUCCAGACUUCAAGCAAAGCACUUAGGAUGGAAAUAAUCAUCUUUCUUCCCAUCUUUUGUUUUUUAUUACUGCUGUCAAAUUUCUCUUAAUAUCCAAAAAUGAUAUUACAGCCUGUGCUGCUGGGGCAGGUGUUAUGAAAGGUUUGUUUUCUGAUCUUUAACUGUGAAUACCAAGUGACAAGUGACAGUCUGCAAAAGAUCAAACUAAGAAUCUUACAGCUUUUUCUGCAUUUGUAAUCUGGAAACAGGAACAGAAACUAUUUCUAAUCAACCACCUUACUACAAAACCUGUUCUUCCUUCAUCUGAUUGCACAGUAAAAUGAAAAAAAUCA